GCAAAAAAGUUAGAAAAAAUAAACAAAAGAGAAGAAUUCAUUCCAUGGAUUCUUCUAUUAGGGCUACAAAAGCUCUCUAUGUUUUAGUAGCCACCGCAUUCCUCCUCGUCUCCGCCGCGUCGGCCGGGAAUUUCAACCAAGACGUCAGCGUAACGUUUGGCGGCCCCCGUACUCAGAUAUUCAAUGGCGGGCAGCUUCUCACCCUUUCGCUCGACAACAUCACCGGCUGCGGUUUCGAGUCCAAAAACCAAUACUUAUUCGCUAGGUUCGACGUGCAGCUCAAGCUCAUCCAGGGAGACUCGGCCGGGACCGUGACCACUUUUUACUUGUCGUCCCUUGGCGCGAAUCACGACGAGAUCGAUUUCGAGUUUUUGGGAAAUUCGUCGGGGCAGCCGUAUACCAUCCACACCAAUGUUUACACCCAAGGAGUGGGCAAUAGGGAGCAACAAUUCCGCCCUUGGUACGACCCAACUAAUGCGUUCCACACGUACACUAUUAUGUGGAACCCACAACGCAUAAUUUUCAUGGUGGACAAUAUGCCAAUUAGGGUUUUCAACAACUACGCGGCGCGUGGGGUUCCGUUCCCGACAAGCCAGCCGAUGAGGUUGUACGCCAGCCUUUGGAACGCGGACGACUGGGCGACACAGGGCGGCAGGGUGAAGACAGAUUGGACCAAGAUGCCCUUCACGGCCUCGUACCAGAACUACAACGCAGUCGGGUGUGUGGUCGGCCCCUCUGGCAAUUCGUGCAACGGAAACUUGAACGGGCAGCCAUGGCAGACGCAGGGACUUGAUGCAAAUGGGAGGAACCGAAUUCGAUGGAUCCAAGAUAAGUACAUGAUCUAUAACUAUUGCUCCGAUGUUAAAAGGUUUCUUCAAGGGCGUCCGAGGGAAUGCAGGUUGCCGAGGUUUUAGAUUGGAAAUUUGACUACGGGAGAAUGGAUGAUCGAUGAUCGAGUUUUUGUUGUUGUUGUUGUUGUUAUUGAUUGAUACGUAUUGGUUUCGAUGUGGGAAUUGAAGUGUUUUUAUUUUACUCAAAAGCUCAAUUGG